AUGGCUAACAGCAUCGUUAAAAUUGAGCUUCCGGCAGCGGCUAAAUUGAGAACCGGUAAUUACAAGUUGUGGCGAUUUAAUAUAGAACGUCAUUUAAAGAACCACAAUGUAUGGGAAUACGUUGUCGAUUACAAGAAGCCAGUUAAAGCCGACGGCGAGGCGGAUGCGGUGUUCGCGGCAAGAGAAGGUGCGUUUAACCCGAAAAAUAUAGUUGCCGAAUUGAUAAUUAGCAAUUCUAUUGAAGAGUCUGAGGUGGACCACAUCAUGACGUGUGAGAGUGCUUAUGAAACGUGGACGGCACUGCAGCGAGUUCAUGAGAAAAAGGAUCCGACCAGCAAGUUAGCGGCGUCGCAGGCUUUUCACGACUAUCAUUACGAGACAGGGAUGGAAAUGUCAAAAUACAUUGCAAAUGUCAAGAAUCUGACGCGUCGAUGCAAGAACUUAAAUGAUGAGUUGUCUGAAACUUCGGUUAUGGCAAAAUUGCUGCAAGAAUUACCAGCAAAAUAUCGAAGUGUCGCGACGAUCUGGCGCAACAAGAGUGAGAAAGAUCAACAUUUGCAUGAGCUCUGUGCAAUGUUAGAACACGAGGAGGCAGCUCAAGAUGCUGAUGAUUUAGCAACGGCCAAGAUGGAAGCGCUCAAUGUCAAGCAAGAUAAUAAGAAGAAAAUGCAACAUAAGAAGACAUUGAAAUCAAUACAGAAGAAAAAAGAACCGAUUCGUUGUUUUAAUUGUGAAGGGAUUGGUCAUGUGGCGGCUAAGUGCCCGAAAGAAUCGAUUCGUUGUUUUAAUUGUGACGGGCUUGGUCAUGUAGCGGUUAAGUACCCGAGUGAUAAAAGAGAGAAUACCUCGAAACAGAAAUCAGUAGAGAAAUCGAGUGGUGUAAUGACUCUAGCUGCGGAUGCAAUUCUGGAAACUGAUGGUGAAUGGUUGGCAGACAGUGGAGCGUCGGCACACAUUACGGGAAGAAGAGAAUGGUUUUCAUCGUUUGAAUCCAUGUCGGCAAAGUUUUCAUUAGCUAACAGCGAACAAGUAGAAAUCAAGGGCUGUGGUGAAGUCAAGGUCGAGUGUUUGGUAGAUGAACAAUGGCAAUCAGCAACUUUGAAGAAGGUGUUCUUCAUUCCUGGUUUUAAGAAGAAUCUAUUCAGCAUUGGUGCUGCAGGAGAGUUAGGCGUGAUAUGUCAAACCGGAAAGGACUAG